AUGCCGGCGCCGUCGGCCGAGACCGAGACGGUGGCGGCGCCGCCGGUGGUAGGGGCGGAGGAGCGGUUCGAGUGGCUGGACCAGUGCGUGGCUCCGGUGUGCGACCUCGACCCGCGCAGGCCGCACGGGAAGAUGGUGAUGGGCCUCAGCGUCGUGGCGUGGCUCGACGGCGGCGGCGAGUGGCGCGUGGUGGACGACGCGUGCCCGCAUCGCCUCGCGCCGCUGUCGGAGGGACGCGUCGACGGCAAGGGCCGCCUCCAGUGCGCCUACCAUGGCUGGUGCUUCGACGGCCACGGCUCCUGCCAGUUCAUCCCCCAGGCUCCCGCCCUCGGCCCUCCUGUGCACAAGAAUAGCAAGGCGUGCGUGGCGUCGUACCCGAGCGUGGUGCAGAACAACAUCUUGUGGUUCUACCCGAGGUCGGAGCCGGAGUACUGCGACGUGCUGAAGAGGAAGCGGCCACCCUACGUUCCGGAGAUCGACGACGAUGACCCGUCCCAUUUUAUGGUCUACGGUGUCAGGGACCUCUUAUACGGGUAAAAAGAAGAGAAAAAAACAAAUCCAUUAUUCUCUUCUCUGAAAUACUCCAUCCGUUCCCAAAUAUUUG